CUGCGAGGGUGUUGCGUGGCGCGCUCUGGCUAUUCUCAAUCACCCCUUCCCUCUCGUUCCCAGAAAUGUCUGCGGCUGAACCCCGAUGCGCCCGUGUGGGUGUCCAAGCAGCGGGUGCUCUGCGCCCUCAACCACAGCUUGCAGGAUGUGCUCAACUACGGCCUCUUCCAGCCCCCCUCUCAGGGCCGGGCAGGCAAGUUCCUGGACGAGGAACGCCUGCUGCGCGACUACCCGCCCAACCUGGACACGCCCCUGCCCUACCUGGAGUUCCGCUACAAACGCAGGGUUUACACCCAGAGCCUGCUGGAUGAUAAGCAGUUUGCAAAGUUACACACCAAGGCGAACCUUAAGAAGUUUAUGGAAUAUGUCCAGCUUCACAGCACAGAGAAGGUGGCCCGGCUUCUGGACAAGGGGCUGGACCCCAACUUCCAUGACCCUGACACAGGAGAGUGCCCUCUGACCCUGGCUGCCCAGAUGGAUGGUGCCACGGAUUUACUAAAAGUCCUGAGGAAUGGUGGGGCUCAUCUGGACUUCCGAACGAGGGAUGGGCUGACAGCCUUGCACAUUGCCACCCGCUGCCGGAACCCCAAUGCUCUGACGACCCUGCUGGACCUUGGGGCAUCCCCAGACUACAAGGACAGCCGUGGCCUGACCCCCCUAUACCAUAGCGCCCUAGGGGGUGGGGACCCCCUCUGCUGUGAACUCUUGCUCCAUGACCAUGCACAAAUUGGGACAGCUGAUGAGAAUGGAUGGCAAGAGAUCCACCAGGCCUGUCGAUUUGGUCAUGUCCAACACCUAGAGCACUUGCUGUUCUAUGGGGCCGACAUGCGGUCCCAGAAUGCAUCAGGAAACACAGCCCUGCACAUCUGUGCCCUGUACAACCAGGAGAGCUGUGCCCGGGUUCUCCUCUUCCGGGGAACUAAUAAAGACGUUCGUAAUUACAACAGCCAAACAGCUUUUCAGGUGGCCAUCAUUGCUGGGAACUUUGAACUUGCUGAGGUCAUCAAAACUCAUAAGGAUUCUGAUGUUGUGCCAUUCCGGGAGACUCCCAGCUACGCGAAGCGGCGACGUCUGGCGGGUCCCAGUGGCUUGGCCUCCCCGAGGCCUCUGCAGCGCUCAGCCAGUGAUAAUGAUCUAAAAGCUGAAGCCCGGUCUGGGCCCUCCCCUGGACCCUCACUCAGAAGCCUCCCCCACCAGUUACUGCUCCAGAUGCAAGAAGCAGGCAUGGGGCCUGUGGGCGGAGUCCGAGGACCCCAAAGCCGAUCCCCAUCCCUUCAGCGUCUGCAAGAGGAGAAGGAGAGAGACAAGGAUCCCAGUGGUCACACACUGGUCAGAGGAGGUCGAAGCAAGAGCAGGAUGCUGCCCGCUGGCCCGCAGAGGGGAGGGGCCCCCGGUGCGGCCGCCGCAGCGGGCAGGGAGCGAAGCAAGCAGGGCGCUCCCGGGAGCGCAGCCCCGCGGUGGUGGCGG